AUGGAACUCCCAGUCAUCGAUCUCUCCACCUACCUCUCCGCCUCAUCCCACCGCGACACACAUCUCCAAUCUCUCUGCGCCGACGUCAGUCGCACCCUAAGCGAAACCGGAGCACUCCUCGUAAAAGAUCCCCGAUGCACCGUGGAAGACAACGACCGCUUCAUCGACAUGAUGGAGAAGUACUUCUCCUCUCCACACGAGUUCAAGAUCCGUCAAGAAAGACCUCACCUGCAUUACCAGGUUGGAGUUACGCCGGAAAAGGUGGAGGUUCCGAGGAGUUUGGUGGAUGAAGAAAUGCAGAAGAAAGUGAAGGAAAUGCCGCGAGAACAUCAGCCUCAUACUCCGGUUGGUGCUGAUCUCAAGUGGAGAUAUUUCUGGAGAAUCGGUCCCCGGCCUUCUCUUACACGAUUUCAGGAACUUAAUGCAGAGCCAGUAAUUCCUGAAGGUUUUCCGGAAUGGAAAGAAACUAUGGAUUCCUGGGGAUACAAAAUGAUAGCAGCAAUUGAAGUUGUAUCUGAAAUGGCUGCCAUUGGGUUUGGUCUUCCAAAGGAUGCAUUCACCUCUCUCAUGAAGCUGGGGCCGCAUCUGUUAGCUCCAACAGGAAGUGACCUUGAAAAGUAUAAUCAGGAAGGGACCAUUUUUGCAGGAUAUCACUAUGACCUUAACUUCUUAACAAUUCAUGGUAGAAGUAGGUUUCCUGGCUUGAAUAUCUGGCUAAAAAAUGGACAAAAAGUUGCAGUUAAGGUUCCGGUAGGAUGUCUUCUUAUUCAGACCGGAAAGCAGAUUGAGUGGUUGACAGGAGGGGACUGCAUUGCUGGCAUGCACGAAGUAGUUGUCACAAAAAGGACCAUUGAUGCUAUCAAUGCAGCUAAAGAGGAAAAACGUAGCCUAUGGAGAGUUUCUUCAACUUUGUUUGCACACAUUGCAUCGGAUGCAGUUCUGAAGCCAUUGGGACAUUUUGCCGAAUCCCCGCUAGCAAGCAAAUAUCCACCUCUAUGUGCAGGAGAAUAUGUUGAGCAAGAGCUUUCUGUAAUCAAUCUCAAAGGAAAGAAUUGA